AUGACUGUAUACUUUACUGCUUUUUGGGAAAAACAGUGUAAGUUUGGUUUGUGUGGUUUUUAGGGGGAACUAGGUAUUGAGGAUGAUGUAUUGCAUUCAAGGGGAUAUAAAAAGUAAAACGUGAGUUUAACCAAACUAAUUAAUUGGGGCUUUUUGAUACCAAUUAAAAUAUAUCUUUUCAGCCAACGAAUGGCAAGCUGAGCACCGUCACUUACUGUUAGCCUUCUGGGCAUUGGAUGUAUAUCUAGACCCAAUCGAUACUACAGAAGCCAAACUUCUUCAGAAUUCCGAACUUCUCAAAAACAAGGUCGAUCCUCUUGUUGUACUAGCCAAUCAUUGCAGUAGAUGGGGAGAUUAUCAAAAGUCGAUCACUUUGAUUAGACUGGCAAAAACAUUGGAGCAGGAUCAUCCGGAUUUGGGAUUCCACGAACUUUCUUAUCAGUACUAUAAUGCUGGCAAGAAUCAGGACAUGUCAGGUAUUCAUACAGCUUGUGCUGCUAUCGACAGUGUAAUAUUCGGUCGAUUGAAGGUAGCAAAAGGUUUGUUUUGGUAA